CAACUAUCUCCAUCAUUUCUGACGGCAACCCAGUAGAACCUGUCUCCUCUGAUGUGUCUUUACGGUCAAUCCUCUUAGAGCAUACAAAGCAAGGUUGAAGUAUCUCAACAUAGAUAUUGGUGCACCAAUGAGGCCCUUUUCUAAACUAGGUCGCCAAGAUCUCUUGAAAAGGUUCGGCGAGGACUGUAUCUCAGGCGCGGAUAACAUGAUUUGCGUGCUGUCUUCAUCAGAAAAACAAGAUGCUGCGAGUGAAGCCCUUUCGAUAGCUCUCAAGCCAAUCGUUCAAACAAUCGGAAGACCUGAUAGCGAGCUAGGAGCCUCAUUGUAUGUAGGAGUGUUCCUUGCGCACGCCGCCGCUCUCUACGAGGGGCAAGUUCGUCUUGGCACACAGUUUCCACUCCAGAGCGUCCACGGAAACGGUGUCGUUGACUACAUAAUAGCAGAAGCCACCAAAGACGCCUUGUGUGGCAUUGUGGAGGUCAAGCACACCGAUGUAAGGGGGGGAGUAUCACAGAAUGCCUUCCAGCUUCAUGCCGCGAUCAUGAAGCGCAUCCGACAAGAGGGGACCCAGAACAGGACAUCUUAUACUAUGUAUGGUAUUGUUACGAACUUGGCUGACUGGAUCUUGGUCGAAUGCACGGUUUUUGUGGGUGAUGAUAGCGCCGUUGAGAGGACGAUGUUCAAGACCCAACGAUUUCCCUCGGUCUUUGACUUGGAUGAUUGGGAAGUCUACUCAAAAAAAGUGCUCAGUUUCCUGCACUGGGCCCUCGGCAAUAUGGUCAGCGAUAGCAUUCAUCAGGUGAAGAGGAUUAAAACACACAACAACAAUUCUGCAAGUAACCACAUUUGUGCACCCUGAGAAGGGUGAAAUAAGAGAUGUCGUCUUGUGUCUGUCCAUACCCAGUUUUCUUCCAUCUCCGUAUGUUCCU